GCACAACAAAAACUUAGCAAUCAAAAAACCACUUACUGGAGGAUUGCAAGACUUACUAGAACAUUAGCAGUAAAGAUGAGCUCGUUAACACCUCAAUUGGUUGGGUCAAUUGCUAUAAUAUGUCUUGGAUCACUUCAAUUUGGAUAUCAUAUGGCAGAACUUAAUUCUCCGGAAGCAGUUUAUUCAUGUAAAAAAUCAGUUCCAGGGAAUGUUCCUUAUGAUAAGUCGUUGUUUGGUAGUCAUGGAUUUACUCGGUGUAUUCCAUUAGAACCACAACAGGUUGGGUUGGUUACGUCUAUUUUUUGUAUUGGAGGAUUAAUCGGAUCCUUUUAUGUUGGCAGUAUUGCUGAUAAGAUUGGUAGAAGAAAGACUGCUUUUUUACAUUCAUUACUUUAUUUCAUUGGUUCGAGUUUAAAUGGAUUGAGUAUUAAUUAUUAUUCGUUAUUAGUUGGUAGAUUUAUUGCUGGGUUAGGUGCUGGUGCAGCAUUGGUUAUAACUGCAGUUUUUAUCAACGAAAUUGCUCCAAAUGAACAUAAAGGAUUAUUAGGAUCUAUGAAUCAAGUAUCAAUCAACAUUGGUAUUUUGCUUACUCAAGUAUUAUCAUUGAGCUGGACUAAUGAUAAUCAAUGGAGAUAUUUAUUAUUGACUGGGUCUUUAAUUUCAAUUAUCAACUUUAUAUCGGUUUUAUUAUUUUUAGAUGAAUCUCCUCUGUGGUUAUUUAAUAAUGGUUAUUCAAGUCAAGCAUUUAGAGCUUUACAUAAGUUACGUGGGGGUGAGUACAUUCAAGCAAGAAACGAAGUGAAUAGUUGGUCACAAGAAGUUGGUGACGAAUCAAAUCAGUUAUUACAUAAUGAAAACGAAGAAGAAGAAGAACAAGCCGGUACUACGAGUCCUCCGGCAGUUACUCUUGAAAUGUACCUCAAGUCAUCGGAGUAUUACAAUUCAAAACUAGUUGCAACUGGUAUAUUAGUAUUACAACAAUUUUGUGGUAUAAACUCAAUUAUUUUUUAUGGAGUAUCAGUAUUGAUAUCAAUUUUCCCCAACCAUGCAAUUAUCAUUAACUGUUUGAUUUCCCUAGUUAAUGCCGUGGUUACUUUUGGCUCUUCGCUAUUUGUCGAUAGACUAGGUAGAAAACCAUUACUAUUAACGUCAGUUACCUUUUUGGGUAUUUCGACUGCAGUAAUGGCCAUUGGUAUAAUUAGUAAAAGCUCAGUCUUAUCGGUAGUUGCAACUUUCACCUAUAUUACAUUUUUCGCAAUUGGUUUAGGUCCCAUCCCAUUCUUACUAGUUGGAGAAGUUACUCAACCAAAGGCAAAGGCAAGUGCACAAAGUUGGGGUACUACAAUGAAUUGGGUUGCAACUUUUAUAGUUGGUUAUUUAUUCCCAAUAUUGAAAAAUUCUUCGAUUGGUGGUGGGGUUUACUUUAUUUUCACCUUUAUGUGUGUAGUUAGCUAUAUUUUCAUCAAAGGGUGUAUCCCAGAAACCAAAGGCACUAAGUCCUACGAAGAAGUAUGGAAUUUAAGGGCUGAUUAG